CCCGGCCGGGCCGCGCCGCCGCUCCGCCACCACGUUGCCAGGGAGGAAAAGGCAAAGUCACAGCCAGCGCUGCUUUCUUCAAGCUGAGAUGUUGAGACAAAGCACCUCUGACCCUGUCCUGUCCUUUCUCUCCAUCCCUUUCCGCCGUUUGUUUGUGAGGGAGUCCUUCCCCUGCCACUCCUAUUCCGGAGCCGCCGGCCGCAGCCCCCGCUGCUCUCAGCCCUUCUGGGGGAAAAUGCACUGAGAUGGGAGCUUGGCCAGAGCAUGGCUGACAGCAACCUUUGCCUGGACUCCGAUGGACUCCAACGCAGGACUGCAUUACCAUGGUGAUGAUCUUAACCAAAACUCGGGAAAACAAAGGUGCUGACUCUGUAACAUGCAGGACUGAGCUGCACACUCCAAAGAUGAGUCAAGGACCUACCCUCUUCUCUUGUGGCAUUAUGGAAAAUGACAGAUGGGGAGACCUCAGCAGGAAAUGUCCACUGCAGAUCGAGCAGCCGGGCACCAGCAUCUGGGACUGCCUGGCCGACAAGGGUGAGGAGGGCGCGCUGUGGCCACGGGAAGCCACCAGCACCUGCUCGGUGACCAACCUCAUCAAAGAGCUCAGCCUCAGCGAUCCUCACAGCAACCCAUCGGCGCCGCCCAGCAAGCGCCAGUGCCGCUCGCUGUCUUUCUCGGAUGAAAUGUCCAGCUGCAGGACAUCGUGGAGACCUUUGGGCUCCAAGGUCUGGACGCCGGUUGAGAAGAGGCGGUGUUACAGCGGGGGGAGCGUCCAGCGCUACUCCAACGGCUCGGCCACCAUGCAGAGGAGCUCUAGCUUCAGCCUGCCGUCCCGCUCCCAUCCUCUGGCUUCGUCCUGCGACCACCGUCCGGGCUGCCUGCCGAGGAGAUCGGGGGCUGGAGGUGACGCCUGGAGCCCCGAGGGCGGCCGGGUGGACAUGCAGCGCUCCCUGUCCUGCUCUCACGACCGCUUCUCCUCCUCGGAGCCCGGCCCGCCCUCGGCCAGCAGCACGCCGGCCUCCACACCGCAGCUGGGCCGCCGUGCCGGUGGGCUGUGCCGCAGCCGCUCGCAGCCCUGUGUCCUCAAUGACAAGAAGGUGGGCGUCAAGCGGCGCCGGCCCCAGGAUGCACAGGAGCCGCGGCCCUCGCUGGACCUGGCCAAGAUGACCCAGAACCGCCAGACCUUCAACAGCCUUAGCAGCCUUAGCAACGCGGCAGAGGACAACACUCAGCGGCUCCCCACCACCCAACCAUGGACCACAGCUCCCCACUCCCCGGAGGUGAUGCCGGGCAGGACCCCCGCCUGCACCCCAGUGCCAGAGCCACGCACACGGGGCGAGGAGCGUGGGGCGAGCCGGGACGACCUGUCCUGUGAGGAGUCCGAUGAGGGUGGUGGGAAGGAGGAAGAUGGGACCCCGUGGCAGGGCGGUGGGGCGGGCACCCAGAGCCCCUUCCAGCUGGAUGGAGAAAUAGACAUCGAGCAGAUUGAAAACAACUGAGGAUGCGGGGCUCAGCGUGCUGGGGUCUGGGGCUCCAGUGGGGAAGGGUCCCCUGGGGGUCAGCGUGGGUUGUGCCGUGCUGCCUGCGUCCCCCUGCCAGCUGGAGGGGAUGAAGCAGCUUUGCCAAAAUUUCAUCAGGUAUUUAGAGCAAUUUUGUGUGUGUGCGUGUGUGUGUGUGUAAAUCUUGAAACUCUUUGUAACUACUGUAGCCGGAUAUCAGCUAAUUUGGGAAAACCGCCUGUCAGAACUUGGAGACCAGAGGGAUGGGGAUCACCAAACAACGCUCAUCCAUCAGUGAGAAAACAACUUCUGCAAAUGUAGGAUGGCGGCUGAUGGAUCCAGCCAUGGCUUCCAUUUCACACAUGUGGUUGUUUGGAAAGCAAAAGGAAAAAUAAACCACCCCCGGGGAGGACUGGAAAAUUGGGGGAAGAAAGAGAAGGUCAGCUGAGAUUUGCCAAC